UCAGACUCGCAAACUAGCCACAAUCGGGUGCAGUCUGCCAGGACCCGGUGAACCCAAACACAAUCUUCCUUUUUCCUGGGGUAGUUUAUCUGAUUCGUGGAAACAGUCCCGGAUUAAGUCGAUUUCGCUCGAGGACGUAUUUCUUUGCAUAUAUAGUCUCCAUAUACUUUUUAAAUUAUUUUUCUUCCCCUCUCGGAAUAACAGGCUUUCCUUUCGUUUAGCUGUAUUGCUAGAAUAUGGAGAAGAUGGCUAGACCUCUCCCGAUAAACUCAACUUUCCUACCUCCAACUCACGGCGUGCUGAAAUCCCUGCUGGAAAAUCCUUUAAAACUUCCGUUUCACCACGACGAAGGUUUUGGCAAAGAGAAGGAGAAGAAGCUUGAGGAUGAGGUUAGCGGGUCCAAUGCACCGCAGUCUGCUUUCUUGGGUCCAACCCUGUGGGAUAAGACCCUGCCUUAUGAUGGGGACACCUUCCAGCUGGAGUACAUGGACCUGGAAGAGUUCCUGUCUGAGAAUGGCAUCCCCUCCAACCCAGCGCAGCACGACCAAAACCAGCACCAACAGCAGGUGCCCCUGCAGCAGGCCCCGCCCCCACCGCCCACGCCCCCCACGCCCUCCGUGGUGGACCUGAGCAGCCGCGCCACCACCUCCGUUCAUACAGCCAUGGUCACCCAGAGCUGCCUCCACAGUCCCAGCAGAGCAGUCCUGCCUUCGUCUCGCAACACCCCAAGCCCCAUUGACCCGGACACCAUCCAGGUUCCCGUGGGCUAUGAGCCAGACCCAGCGGACCUGGCAUUGUCCAGCAUCCCAGGCCAGGAGAUCUUCGACCCCCGCAAGCGCAAGUUCACUGCUGAGGAGCUGAAGCCCCAGCCUAUGAUCAAGAAGGCCCGCAAAGUCUUCAUCCCGGAUGACAUGAAGGAUGACAAAUACUGGGCCCGACGCAGAAAGAACAACGUGGCGGCGAAGCGGUCACGGGACGCUCGGCGGCUGAAGGAGAACCAGAUCGCCAUCCGGGCUGGCUUCCUGGAGAAGGAGAACGGCGCGCUGCGCCAGGAGGUGGCCGACCUGAGGAAGGAGCUGGGUCGUUGCAAAAACAUUUUGGCCAAAUACGAAGCCCGCCAUGGGCCCCUGUGAAAAUCCCCUGCUGCCCCCUCCUCCACCCCUUGGGCUUCUAAAUGCCCCCCACCCAACCCCAACCCCCCACCCUGCCCUGUACCUCACUCACCCAGGAGUCUGAAGGACAAUGCACCCUACCCCGCCCCUACCAAGCCCUUCCCACCACUACACCCCAGGCCCCGCCUCUUUUCCUACAGAUGACUUUAUAUUUGCUGUUGGCAUCUCUUUCUAGAUAUGUAUAAAUGUAUUAUUGAUGUGUGAUAUAUAUUUAUACAUAUAUUUGGAAGUCCAUAAUCCCUGCCCCUCACUUUGCCAGGUCAUGUUUUUGGAAUCCCCCUACUAGCCCUGACAAUGUGAGCCCGUCUCCCCCACUCUUCGAUUUUUUUUUUGUUGUUUUUUUUUUUUUUUUUGCGUGAAGCAAUGCCGUGUUGUUCAAUUUCCUCCUGUAUACUUUUAUAGUCAUUAUCAGGACUGAGAACUGUUAAAAAAAAUCUGCACCCCCUUUGUGCCCCCACGCCCCUUUUAUCUACAUUUUCAGUGCUGCUGCUGAAGUGAUAACCCUACCUACUAUUGGUCCGUUCCCUUAUAAACCAGUGAGAACGGGUCCGGCCAUUUCCUGCCAUGUGGAAAGGCAAUCUUCGUUAAUGUGUGCGACCUCCUCCUUCGUGACAUAACCCCUUUUAUUUUUGUCUGUUUGGUCAUUCCUAGUACUUACAGUCCAUAUUAUUUUUAGAUGGGUGCUCUGUUGUUUAUGCUGUUUUAGUCAUUGCUCUUCCUUUUUGUUUGUAAGUUUAUAAAGUGCUGGGAUGUUACACUAAUCUCUUGACUGCCGCGGUUACAGCCCCCGUCCAUGUGCUUGUUCAUUUUCUUCUCACUCUGAGAUUUAGUGCUUUAACCCUCCCAACACACACAAACACACACAACAGCGGUUGUGUUUUCGUUUUCUUGCAACCGAAGCAAUAAUCCUGUCCCAGCGUACGCUACUGUUAAAACCUUCCCGGGUGCCUCUCAUGUGCGUAGAACUACCCCCACCCCAAUCUCUGACCGAAUCCUUCCUCUGCUCAGUAUUACCCUGGCAAGUUACGUUACCAUGAUGGAAGACUUUUUCCCCGAUAAUAUUAAACCCGCUUAAUGCUAGAGUCCCCCCUCAAUGCCCCCC